GUCAGCAGUAUGGAAAACUUCCGGUCCAUUUCAAUUUUUAUUUUUGGUUGUAUUUUCUCUGCGGUAUAUGGCCAAGUCUUGGAGCUUGAUGAGCGAUUUCUGGAGUUAAGGAAGCAAGGUGAUUGGCUCAUAGAGUUCUACGCCCCAUGGUGCGGGCACUGUAAGAAACUAGAGCCUACCUACAAGGAAGUUGCACUAGCACUCAGGAAUGCUGGGAUACACGUUGCAAAGAUUGAUGCCACUCGUUUUACUGGAGUUUCAUCAGAGUUUGGAGUUCGGGGCUUUCCAACUAUAAAAUUUAUCACUGGUGACAAAGUAUACACACAUAAUGGAGAAAGAUCAAAGGAAGCACUGGUCGAGUUUGCUCACAGAGCGAGAGGACCAAUUCUGCGUCCAGUGGCCAGUGUUGGCAAAUAUAAGGAGGAGGUUGGUCUCCGUGGCAACAGUGUUUUCUUCAUGUAUAUAGGAGAUACCUCUGAUCCCCAUGACGAUCUCUAUAAAAAAUAUGCUGAAAUAGCUGAAGAAUUAGCUGUUCAAAGCUACUUUUACAUAGGAAGUGCCAAUGUUUUGCCUGAGGAUGUAAAGAGGACAAUCAAGGAAAUGCCAACAGUACUUGUUUUCAAAGAUCAUACACAUUAUCAAUUCAAACCUGAGGAAAAUGUGGCGACCAAGUCUGAACUGACGGCUUGGAUAAAUGCUGAGAGAUUUCACGCAUUUCCUCAGGUGACUGGUGGUGCCCUCAAUGAGAUGAGCACCCUCGGCAAACUUGUCGUCAUACUUGUGGUUGAUAAAACGGAUACCCAGAACAAAGCUAAGCAUGACAGAGUGAAAGAACAAGUAAGAAUGAUGGCGGUUAACCAGAGAAGCAAAUACCACAAAGAUUUCCAAUUCGUCUGGAUGUCUGACAAUGAAGCAGUGAAUAGCAUAACCAUGACAACCAUUCCAAUGCCAGGUAUGUUGGUGUAUGACACGGAGACUAUGUACUACUACACACCUGAGGGACGAGUGGAUAAAAUGUGUAUAGAAGAUAUGAAAACAUUUAUAGAGGGAUGUAGAGAUGGCAAAAUACAGGCGUUUGGAGGCAACAGUUUCUUCCAAAGGCUGAAGCGUGCAUUCUAUGAGCUGUUUAUGGCAAUAUACAGUGUAUGGGCGACAUCUAUUUGGCUUGGUCUAUUGGUGUUUGGCCUGCCUUCAUUGAUCAUAUCAGUUGUAUGCUAUGCCCUCUUGUAUUACAGAGUGUAUGGGCAACAUCUAUUUGGCUUGAGUGUAUGGGCGACAUCCAUUUGGCUUGGUCUAUUGGUGUUUGGCCUGCCUUCAUUGAUAAUAUCAGUAGUAUGCUAUGCCCUUUGCUGUAUGGAACCCAUGGAUGAGAAUGAGAUGGAGAAAGAUGAAGAUGAUGAUGAUGAUGAUGUGUAUUCUGGUGGAGCAUCAAUACAAAAUGGAGCUGAGGAAGAGGAGCAAGAAGUGCCUGAUGAUGGACAUCUCAAGAAAGAAUGA